AUGCAGGAACACCCCCCAAUCCCCAACCAGGGCCACCAUGCGAUCGUCUUCGGAUGCUCGGGCAUUAACGGCUGGGCGCUGGUCAACCAGCUGCUCUCCGACUACCCAGCGCCCGGCACAUUCAGCAGAGUGACCGCCGUGGCGAACCGUGCGUUCCGCCGCGAGGAGGCUCAAUGGCCCUCGGACGAUCGCUUGCAGAUUGUGUCGGGCGUGGACCUGCUGGCGGGCGACGAUCCGGCCCUGGCGGCCACGUUGCAGACGGAGAUCCCAUCCGUCGAGACGAUCAGCCAUGUGUAUUAUGCGGCCUACCGCGCCAACGACGACCCCGCCGAAGAAUGCCGUGUGAACAAGGAGAUGCUGCGCGCUGCCGUGCAGACCCUGGAGCGGAUCUCACCUAACCUCGCCUUCGUGACGCUGAUCACCGGCACAAAGGCCUACGGCGUCUACCUGCUCGACAAAUUCCCUUUCCGCGGACAGACCCCGCUGAGCGAGGAUCUGCCGCGUGUGCCGGCCGAGUACGCCAAAGACCUGUUCUACUACCACGAGGUCGACCUGCUGAAGGAGCUGAGCGCCGGGAAGCCGUGGUCGUGGUGUGAAGUGCGGCCGGAUGUGAUUGUCGGAGUCGCCCCCUUCGGUAACGCAAACUGCAUGGCCCAGACCAUGGGCAUCUACCUCAGUCUCUACCGACACAUCCACGGCGUGAACGCCCGCGUCCCUUUCCCCGGCAACACCACCACCUGGACCCUCACCUCCACCGACUCCAACCAAGACAUCAUCGCGCGGUUCUGCAUCCACGUCUCCCUGCAAGCCCCAGAGAUGGUGGCGGGGAGGGCCUUCAACAUCGCCGACAGCGCCCGGCCCGUUGCGUGGUCGGAGCGCUGGCCCGCUCUCGCCCGGUACUUCGGGCUUGAGGGGACGGGGCCCGACGCGGCGGCGCUGCAUCCGACGGCGUUCAUGGAACAGCAUUGGGAUACGGUGCGGCAGCUGUGUCGGGAGAAGGGGUUGCGGGAGGAGGUGAUUGAUCGGAGUGUGCAUAAUACCGGGGCGAGGAUGGGGAGCUUGCGGUUGAUGGACUUUGAUCGGGAGUUUGAUUUGCGCAGGGCGAGGAGUGUCGGGUUUGCGGAGGAGUUGGGGGUGGAGGAGUCGUGGGGGAGGGCGUUUGAGAGGGUGAGGAAGUGUGGAUUGUUGUUCUAG